AUGGACUCGCAACGUCGCGGCGUCCGCCCUGCGACGAAACCCUCCGCCCCGGGUGCCUCGUCGGGAACGACGCCCAAGACGCCCGUCGAGACGGCCCUGCCGCCCGUCAAGACGGCCGACAAGGUCAACGCCAACGAGCUGCAGGGCACCAAGAUGGUGGACGGCGCCCUGAUGGUCCGCCUCAAGGACGACGCGCAGGGCGUCACGCAGGCCCAGCGCAACGCGCACAUCGACCGGAUCCGGGCGCUCUGCCAGCAGCACAAGAAGGGCACCGGGACCGAGUACCCCGGCAUCGAGGCCACGAUGACGCUGGUCCACGCGUACCUGGGCCGCUUCCCUCCCGAGGUGAUUGUCGAGAUACGAUCGAGCAAGGAAGUCUUGCGCGUCACGGAAAACGCCCUCGUCAAGAGCAAGGGCCUCGAGCCGUGCGCGAGCUGGGCCGCCGCAAAGGUCACCCUGCCCAAGGAAAAGUUUGCCGAGCUCAACCAGCCCGGCAACGCCAAGUGGUUCCGCGACACGGACCGCAUGGGCAAGCAGGGCCAAGGGGUGACCAUCUGCGUCGUCGACUCGGAGGGCUUCUACAACAACGACUUUGAGGACGACCGCAUCGUCUACUCCGAGGGCGGCGACCACCGGGUGCCGCAAAGGACCGGCGUGGCUGGCGAGGGUCCCCUCCAGGAUCCCGCCAUCGGCACGAACAAGAGCCACGCCACGCUCGUCGCCAACAGCGCGUGCGGCAAGGAGUUUGGAAUCGCGCCCAAGGCAACCGCCUGGGUGUACAGCCCCGCCAAGCCGAACCUCACCAUCCACGACGUCCUGGUGGCGUUUGACAAGAUUGCGCUGGGGAAAACCCCCGGGCGCGUUAUCCUCAACCUGUCGUGGGGAGCUUCGGGCUGGGCAAAGAACGGCCAUGACAUGGCGGAUGCGCUGGCGGGACUGGUCAAGCUUGGCGUGAUACCGGUGGUCGGUGCGGGAAACGAUUCGGCGUACAUCGGGGAAAAGUGCGCCGAGUGGCCGCAAAACGCAGACGACGUGAUUGUGGUUGGCAGCACCGACAUGGACGGCAACGUGGCCUCGUGGUCCAACUACGGCCCAAAGGUUGACAUCUACGCGCCCGGCGACGUCCCCGUCAAGAACAACAGCGAGCGUCAAAACGGGACCUCGUUCUCAUCCCCCGUCGUCGCGGGAUUCCUGGCCAACCUGCUCUCCACCGAACAGCCCGACCGGCGCUUCACCGUGGCAGACCUCCGCGACAUCCUGCGCAACAACUACUCCGUCCAGACGAGCACCUGGCGCAAUCCCCAGACCGCCGAGACCGGCACCGUGCGCACCAUCACCGCCUUCCUGCAGCGCUCCGUCGUGGACAUCCCCCAGCAAAAGCCCGUGGCGGACCAGAAGCCGCCCGCGUCGAGCGACGCCCAGCCCGCCCCCGACGUGGAAAGGGGCACUCUUGGUGUUUCGGUGACCAAGAACGGCUACUUUGUGCAGGCGCCCCUGGAUGGCAAGCCGCGCUUCACGGACCAGGACGGGCUGGAGGCCCUGCUCAAGGCCGUUGAGAAAAAGUCGGUCAGCGAGUACGCGUCGUGCCUGAAGAACGGCAUCGGCUCGAGUGCCGACGGGAGGCAGUCGUGGGCGGCGCUGAAGCAGAUUCGGGUCGAGUACGGCGCGCCCGAGGAGCAAAAGGCCAAGGACGUUUUUGACAAGAUCAAGAGCCGCGCGCAGACGGGCAGCUUGAAGCAGACGCGGACUUGCCCCUUGAACCUCGGGUAG